AUGGUCAAUCUGACACAAUACACCGGCGUCUUCCGUGCCUUUUCCGCGUCGUCGGACGAGGCGCGGCGUGGGACGCGACGCAACCGACAGCCGCUGUCUUGCUCCAACUGUCGUCUACGCAAGCUCAAAUGCGAUCGCGAGAAGCCCUGCGAGGCGUGUGUGUUUAGAGGAGAUGCUGCGUCAUGCGAAUUUGUCGUCCACCGCAAGAAGAAGACAGCCCGCGAUGCCCAGGCGCGUCUUGAUCAGCUGGAGCAGCUGGUGACCACGCUGGCCACGAACGGCUCUAUGCCGACAACAAUAGAAAGUACCGCAGAGACUGGCUCCAAUCACGGGCCGACACACUGGAAGGCCAUCCUCGAGGGCAUCCAUGAGGUACAAGAAUGCCUUGACGUGGCGGACCCUGAUUUUCCCAACACCUCGCCGUCAUCUUUCGGCGACUCGCCCGCGUCAUGGAUGGAGAUUCUGUUCCAUCACCAGCAGCCUGUGACGCGACAGGAGGUGCUGGCGACGCUGCCUGCCCCAGGGACGGUGCACCGAUUACUGGCCAUCUACUUCAAUGUGACUUUUAUGACAGCCAGCUUUAUACAUGCCCCCAAAUUUCAGCGUGAGCUCGACGCCUUUUGGGCUGAUCCGGAGGCUGCCUCGUUCCUUUGGCUAAGCAUGCUCUUCUCGAUGCUAUACCUGGCCGCCAGACAGGCCGUAAAGACCGGCUCGUUGGCUUCAGCGGACAACAACACUGCUGAUCAAUAUAUGGCCAAGGCCGGUGAGUGCUUAGUCGCCGGCGAGUAUAUGCGUCCCCAGCCAUAUGUGGUCGAGGCGAUGGUGCUGUACGCGACGAACAACUACACCCGAAGCGAGGACAUGGACCCUGUGCUCUGGUCACUGUUUGGCCUUGCUACUCGGCAAGCCCAGCGGAUGGGCUAUCACCGCGAUCCAUCCCGCCUGUCUCCUACCAUGAGCCCCUUCCAGGUCGAGAUGCGCCGUCGCGUCUGGUUCCACGUCGAGGCCUUUGAUGUGCUCUUCUCCUUCCAGCUAGGCAUGCCGCCAAUCACUCACGAGGACGAGUGCGACACUAAUUUCCCCCGCGAUCUGGCUGACGGCGAGCUUAGCGAAGACAGUCCCGGACUGCCCCCGGUCCCAGUGAGGUCCACGCCCACCCUGCUGACCUACCUAUGCCACAAGGCGCGUCAGGUCCGCCUGUUCCGCCGUGCCGUCCGGCUGGCGCUCUCUCCACGGCAGCCGCCGGACCACGAGGCGAUCCGGAAGGUCGACGGGGAGAUCCACCAGUUGCACGAGCAGGUGCCUGCUUGCCUCCGUGCGCGGGCGAUCGCCACCUCCAGCCUGGCGGACCAGGGCCAUACCAUCAUGUACCGCGUCAUGCUCGAGCAGCAGCACCUGCGCAGCGUGUGCAUCUUGCACCGCGUCUAUCUCAGCUGCGAGCGGGACAGCCCGCGCUUCGGUGCGUAUCGCACCGCCUGUGUCACCGCCGCUCUGCAGCUGCUAGACCAGCAGGCCAGCAUCCAUCGCGAGAUCCAGCCGGGCGGGCGUCUCCACAACGAGCAGCACAUGGCGCACACGAUCUCCAACAAUGGAUACCUGCUGGCCGCCAUGAUAGUGUGUCUGGACCUGCUCGUCUCGCGGGGAAACAACCCAAUCACAGAACAAAACAAAACGAUCACCACUCUCAAGAACGCGUACAGUAUCGUGUGUGGGGAUCGACACCGGUCGCGCGAGUCGCAUCAUGCCGCCAAGGUGCUGGCUGCGAUCCUUGCCAAGACGACCAUUCCUACUGAGGACUUCCCGUCGCCUCCCACGAUGUCUUCCACGGAUGGCGGCAGCACCCUAGCAUCGAGGGUUGAUCCGGCUAUCAACAUGGACAUGGACCCGGACUUUGACGCCCUCUUUCUAAACAUAGACUCUACCUGCCCGCCGCUAAAGGGGGCAUGGCAUGAAGAUCUAGACUGGGCGGCGAUUGAUCUGUAUCUGCGCGAAUGGCAACCUAGCUCAACUAACCCGAGCAUGGGCAACGGCCACUAA